AUGGCUCGGCUGCUGCCGCUGCAAUUCCGACAGGUGCGAUGGCUGAGCACAGGCGAUCCAGGCUUGCUGCUGCGCCGUGAGGCUCCCCAGAGAGCUGCGCUGCUGGCGCGUACCUUGGGUGGGCUGCCAGCGGAUCAAGUCUCAGCUCUGGAGCAACUGGCAGAUGACCCACAGGUCCUGGAGCAAAAGGCCUUUCGAGGGGUGCUGGAGGAGCUGUCCCGGCAUUGGCCGCGAGAUGUCGGGGAGCAGGUGUCCGGCAAUGCGGAUUUGACGCUGCGGCUCAACGACGCGUUGAAGAAGCUGGGCGCACAAGGCGUCGACCCGCGGCUGAUCAGACGCUUGGGCAACGGCCUGCUGCAAGAACUGCACGGAGACCUCACUAGCCUCAUGGACAGGUUCUGUGGCACUUCUGCAGAUGACUAUGCCUUGUGGCUGCUCGACCAGAAGGUGCAGGAGGCGGCUGCUUCGCUGAGCGUGGAGGAGUUGGUCUCGCUGCUUCACAGCCUGGCACACCCGCUCUUCGGCGGCCGCAGCGCGGCUCAUAUGUCCGCAGAGGUCUUGAGCCGUGUGCGGCGCCUGGGCUCCUUGAGCGGCCCUGCAGCCGCCAAGCUGCUGCAGAUCUACAGCGGCACGCCGGUGGUUUCGGAGAUCCUGGCGGCCAUGGGCAAGCCGCCCAUGAGCUUGCCAGAGCUGGCGGUGCUGGCAAACGCUCUGGCAGCCAAUGCAAGCGACUCGCACAGGAGCCUAGCGCUAGAACUGAUGAAGCAAUUGGAUGCGCUGCCAGAGCUAGACACCGAGUUGGCCUUGCUGUGCGUAUCUGGGGUUUGGGAUGUGUUGGCCAUCACGGACUCGACGCCUGACCCUCGCCUUGCGGGCAUUCUCAAGAAGCUGAGCAGCCAAGUGGCCUCCGCGGACGCCUCCCAGUUUGCGCUGCUGGCAAGUCGCAUUGAUCCGACGCUUCUGCCAACCUUGACAUCUGACCUUGCCGCCGAGCUGCCCGCGCCCACCGUGGUGAAGCUGCUGGCAGCGCUGGCCGCCGCCCCGGCAGCCGGCACGGCCUCGGCCGCGGACUCGGCGGCGCUGGCGCAGGCGCUGAGCGACGCGGCGCUGCGGGUGGCGCCGGCGCUGAGCUUCGCGGACUUCGAGACGGCCGCCUUCGCCUUGGCGCAGCUGGGCCUCGGAGGCUUCCUGGAGGCGGGGGACCUGGAGGCGCGCCUGGGGAACUUCCCGCGGGCCUCCGCGCAGCUGCUGUGGGCCAUGGCGGUGCAUGGAGGCAGCGACGUGGCCUGGGCGCUGGCGGCCAUGCAGCUCCCCAGCCUCACCUCCCUCAGCGACGCGGAAAGGGCGCUGCUGCUGGAGGCCCUGAGCGCCCAGGCCAUUUUCUCCAAGCCAUGGGAAGGGGCUGCUGCCACUCUCUUGGCCGACCCCUCCCUGCAAGCGGCCUGGUCUGCCCAGACACGCCCCAAGUCCACGAAGUCCGAAGCGCUGCUGAGAUUGCUCCCAGAAAUGGGAGAGAAGUACCAACUGGAGGCGCAGAUUGGGCCAAGCCCCUGGAAGGCUCCGGUGCUCUUCGAGGACCGCAACAUCAUCCUGGAUCUUUUGCCCUCCGCCCGGCAUCCCGCCUCCGGCAAGACCCGGGGCGACGUGCUGCUGAAGCACGACAGCUGGGCGCAGUCGGGCUACAGCGUGCUGACGCUGCUGGACUCCGCCUGGAAAAAUGAGGAGGAGGAGAUGCGGCAGAGGCUGAAGGCGCAGCUGGGCCAGCUGAAUCGCAACGAGCUGCUGCGGGCGGCCAACAUCCAGGAGGAGCUGCAGAAAGAUCUGGAGUCGGUGCCAGUGGGUGCUGACGGGAUCAACUUGAAGGCUCUGAAGUGGCUGGCGCAGCUGCCCUUGCCCUUGCAGAAGGUCGCCGUGCAAAAGUACAAGAAUACCAUCCGGAGCUCCGUGCGCAGUCCGAGUGCCUGGCUCAUCGGAAUCAUCAAGAAGGAGGAGACCGUGGCUGAGGAAGCGGCCAAGGCGGAGGAGGCGAAGGGGAAAAGCUCCGCGGUUGCUCGGCGGCCCCAGGACGGCUGGAAAAGGUCUGGACGGCGUUUGGAAGAUGUAAAGACGGGCGAGCGGUUGAAAGGCCGUGUGACCAACGUGUACCAAGACCGUGUUUGGCUGGAUGCGGGCCUGGAAAAGGACGUCACCUUUCUGGCCAAAGACAUGGAAGUGAAGCUGGGCCAAGUCUUCAACAAUCUGAAGGUCGUCAAGGUCAACCUGAAGAACAAGUGGGUGGAGGUGGCCCCACGCGUGCCAAAGCCCAGACCUGCCGGGCCGGCGAGGCGGCCCCCGACCGGCUGGAAGCACAAAGAGGGCAAGCCGCUUUCCGAGCUUCAAGAAGGAACUGAGGUCAGCGGCCAGGUGACGAACAUCCUCUUUGACCGGGUUUGGGUGGACAUCGGCGCGGAGAAGGAUGGAAGCUUCCGGAUGUCUUCGGGGCAAGAGCUCAAGGUGGGCGAUACUGUGGACAUGAAGAUCCGGAUGGUCGAUUUGGACAAGGAUAUUGUGAUGCUUGCGCCGAAGGGCGAAAACGGCGGUCUUGCGCAAGUGUGGAUGUGGAUCGCAGAGAACCAGCGGAGAGUGCAGGUCCGGCAAGGCCGGGCGGCUCACAAGACCGAGACCGUCGAGACCAGGCUUCCAGCUCCCACAGGCCCAGGAGUGGUGGUGGUGGUGGUGGUGGUGGUGGUGGUGGUGGUGGUGGUGGUGGUGGUGGUGGUGGUGGUGGUGGUGGUGGUGGUGGUGGUGGUGGUGGUGGUGGUGGUGGUGGUGGUGGUGAAGGAGAGGGUAGGCUCUCGGCACAUCGGGCCCAUCGAAGAGGAGGAAGAAGAGGAGGCGGACAGGGUGUUGAAAGGUUGGGGCGACGAGACCGGCGGCAGUAUUUUUUCCCGGCUGCUGGGACAGUGA